GGUGUUACGUGCCGAACAUAUGAGAGAGAGAGGCAUAAACAUUAUUAUUAGAGUCGACAAACAGACAAAUCACAAGAGAUAUUUGAAGCACAAUUGUUCUUUACUCCCGUAAAUCCUCAUAGGACAAUAGAACUAGAGAGAGAGAGAAGAGAGAGAGAGAGAGAGAGAGAGCACAAAAAUGUCCACUACAAGCGCCAGUGAAGGAGAUUCGCUUCCAAGCGAAAGAUUGUUGGGGAAAGUGGCAUUGGUCACAGGGGGAGCCACCGGCAUAGGAGAGAGCGUAGUGCGCCUAUUCCACAAGCACGGUGCGAAAGUAUGUCUAGUUGACAUACAGGACAGCACCGGCGUGCAAGUCGUUGAAUCCCUUGGUGGUGACCACAACAUAAGCUACUUCCACUGCGAUGUCACAAAAGAAGAUGAUGUUAGCCGUGCUGUAGAUUUCACAGUUGAGAAGUAUGGCACACUCGACAUCAUGGUCAACAACGCGGGUGUAUCAGGCUUACCCUGCAACGACAUACGCAAAACAGACUUGGCAGAGUUCGAGAAGGUGUUCGACAUAAACGUGAAGGGGGUCUUUUUGGGGAUGAAGCACGCAGCUCGGAUAAUGAUCCCUCAAAAGAAAGGCAGCAUUGUUUCUAUCUGCAGCGUGGCCAGCACCCUCGGGGGUAUAGGCCCUCAUGCAUACACAGGCUCCAAGCAUGCUGUGUUGGGGCUCAACAAGAAUGUGGCUGCUGAGAUGGGACUUCACGGGAUAAGAGUCAACUGUGUCUCUCCUUAUGCAGUUGCCACAAACUUGGCUUUGGCCCACUUGCAUGAGGACGAGAGAACCGAGGAUGCGUGGGUCGGUUUUCGCAACUUUAUCGGGAAGAACGCCAAUUUGCAGGGCAUUGAAUUGACGGUUGAUGAUGUAGCUAACGCUGUGCUCUUCUUGGCAAGUGAUGAAGCAAGGUAUAUAAGUGGAGUGAAUCUCAUGGUUGACGGGGGAUUUACUUCUGUGAAUCACUCAUUGAGAGUCUUUAGGUGAUGGAUUUGUGUUGAUUAUUCGGCAGGGAUUCUUCAGGUUGUAUUGAAAUUUUUUAGGUUAGUUGGAAAGAUUCCUGCAAUUUCAAACAGAGGUCCAUAUUUUGGGCGGGCUCAUGUUUCUGCCAGACUUAUUGUGUUUCUGCCUUUAAC